CCGCCACAAAAUGAAGAAGAAGAAGAAUGUUAGGAAACAUGGUUGUGUAAGGUUGUUAGACAUCACUGACAGCAUCCUCCGUGCCGGACUUAUUCUUGUUUUGUGUGCAUUUACGAAGCAAACAUGUUACUAACUUUGAUAAGGACGACGGUAUCGAACGGUUGUAGACGAGCCGGAGUGGCAAAUCAACACAGUAACACUGCACAUGUACGACGCUGGCUGACGAGAAGAGGCCACAGCACCAUCACAGCCGAGGCAGGAGCUUCAUCCUCCCCGGCAGCAGCAGCAGCAGCAGUCAGUGUCCCCAAUGCAGCCACAAACAGGAUAGUAGGUCGCUGGUUACUUGGUUGUAGUGGCCUGGUGGUGGGGGCUGUUGUCCUCGGUGGCGUCACAAGACUGACAGAAUCCGGCCUGUCCAUGGUGGACUGGCACCUGGUGAGAGAGAUGAAGCCCCCUCAGUCGCAGGCCGAGUGGGAGGCUGAGUUCUCCAAGUACCAACAGUUUCCUGAGUUUAAGAUAAUGAAUCACGGCAUGACUCUGCCGGAGUUCAAGUUCAUCUUCUACAUGGAGUGGGGUCAUCGUAUGUGGGGCAGGCUGGUGGGACUGGCCUACAUUCUCCCCACUGUGUACUUCUGGAGGAAAGGCUACUUCACUCGCUCCAUGAAGGGCAAAGUGAUGGGUCUCUGUGGAUUCGUCUUCUUCCAGGGUUUGUUGGGUUGGUACAUGGUCAAAAGCGGUCUGGAGGAGAAGCCGGAGUCCCACGACAUCCCGAGGGUCAGCCAGUAUCGACUAAGUGCUCACCUUGGUUCUGCUUUGCUCCUUUACUGUGCCAGUCUGUGGACCGGCCUCACGCUCAUGCUGCCUGCACAUAAGAUGGCAGACACCAAACGUCUCGUGCAGCUUCGGAGGUUUGCCAAAGGCACGGGUGGGCUUGUCUUCCUCACAGCUCUUUCAGGCGCUUUUGUGGCUGGAUUGGACGCUGGCCUGGUGUACAACUCGUUCCCUAAAAUGGGAGAACGCUGGAUCCCAGACGACCUGCUGGCCUUUUCUCCCACACUGAAGAACGUCUUUGAAAACCCUACAACUGUUCAGUUUGACCACAGGAUCUUGGCAGUCACCUCUUUGACCGCCAUCACUGGGCUCUAUCUGUUCUCCAGAAGGAUGGUGCUGCCCAGGAGAGCUAAGAUAGCCAUCAGCCUCCUGGCAGCAAUGGCUUACGGACAGGUGGCACUGGGGAUCAGCACCUUGUUACUGUACGUGCCCACUCCGCUCGCAGCGACCCACCAGUCUGGAUCCGUGGCACUUCUAUCGCUGGCCAUCUGGGUUCUGGCCGAGCUCAGGAAGAUGCCCAAAUAACGAUGGACAUGUUUCAUCCAUGUGGAGCCAGAGGAUGUCGCACCACCGCUGCUGCGCCUCCCUUGAAGCCCUGCUGGUCCGCAACCCUACGAAAACCUGCUAAUUCAUAGAAUUUGUACUUCUUUUUUUUUUUUUUCCUAAAAGUGGAAGAACCUGUUAUAGCGACAUGACUUUGGGGAUGACAACAAGUGGACAAACACGGCCUGCAGUCUACUCAGGGUUACUUUUAAAAGCUAGAACCACUUGGACUUGUUGGCAACGAUCCUACCAGAAUCCCAUGAAUGGGGGAGGGGCGGGGCUAAUCUUCUGUAUGCAUGACGAAGGCCUUUCCUGUUGCACAUGCACGCGCUCAAAAGGGCGAGGCACCUGUGGAUGGCCAGGAAACAGCAGACGGACAAGCAGACUUCGGAGCGCCUCGCUAAAUAACGAUAUAAGUGACAUCAUCAUGCGACACUGAAAUCAGUUCCCAUCCGAAAAUGUGUUUGAGCCUCCCGCUUGUUCAUCAGAAACGUCCUUCCGGCUGCAUCAGGAUCAUAUGGAUCUAGAGUAGAGGUCCGUGAGGAAGAGGAAGAAAACGAGAGGGUGGUGUGGGCUUGCCUUCUGCCCAGUGUUCUGUCACACACUGAAGUCUGCCACUGAUGCUUCACGGGGGCGGGGCUCUUGCUUCCCUCUCGCUUUGAAUCCAGAGAAGGUCCACACACACACACACAAACACACACUCACUAACUGUGUCUUUCCACCCCCCCCCCAGUCCUCGGACCAGCACCUUCCUGGUCCUCCUCUUCCUCAGAUGACGUUGUCAAACAACUGCAUGGACUGCAUGAUGUUCUCAUCCUGGAGACACAGGACAGUCCGGUAUGAAGCCAAGUGGAUCUUACACAUUUACAUCAUGUUCACCUUCUUUUACUCGUGGUUCCGCAUUCACUCCAGAUUUAUUUGCUCUGCUUUAAUAUGCAAAUAAUCAGAUUUGUUUAAGUUAACUUAACCCUCUGGGGAUAUUCAAUUUUUAUUAUUUCAAAUCCAAACAGGACAUACAAGUUUGUAAAUUUUGUAUAAAGAUUAUGGAUUUUUUGUUGUUAAUUUCUCAAUUUCAGACCUAAUCCAAAAUAUCAAACAUAUAGCAUUUUUUUUUUAAUAUUCACUGGUUUAUAGGCUGUUAGAUCAACUAAUGGCACACGUUUAAAAUGAGUAAAAUCACUUAUGUUAUGCAAAUGUAAACCAAUUGAAAAUUGUCACAUAAAACAUCAGUCUUCCAAAGGGGGGAAAUAAAAACAACAACAUGUCAUUAGAGAUGUCCGAUAAUGGCUUUAUUGCUGAUAUUGUCCAACUCUUAAUAACUGAUAUCAACUGAUACCGAUAUAUACAGUCGUGGAAUUAACACAUUAUUAUGCCUAAUUAUGUUGUGAUGCCCAGCCGGAUGCAUUAAACCAGUGGUUCUCAACCUUUUUUCAGUGAUGUACCCCCUGUGAAAAUUUUUUUUUAAUUCAAGUACCCCCUAAUCAGAGCAAAGCAUUUUUGGUUGAAAAAAAAAAAAGGGAUAAAGAAGUAAAAUACAGCACUAUGUCAUCAAUUUCUGAUUUAUUAAAUUGUAUAACAGUGCAAAAAUAUUGCUCAUUUGUAGUGGUCUUUCUUGAACUAUUUGGGAAAAAAAAGAUAUAAAAAUAACUAAAAACUUGUUGAAAAAUAAACAAGUGAUUCAAUUAGAAAGAUUUCUACACGUAGAAGUAAUCAUCAACUUAAAGUGUAAUAGAGAUCCAUCUGGAUUCAUCAACUUAAUUCUAAACAUUUUUUCACAAAAAAAGACAUCUUUAACAUCAAUAUUUAUGCAACAUGUCCACAAAAAAUCUCACAUUCAUAUUUUGUUGAAGUAUUAUUCAAUAAGUAUAUUUAUAACUAAUUUUUGAGUUGUGGUUAUUUAUAGAAUAUUUAAAAAAAAAAAUCUCACGUACCCCUUGACGUACCUUCAAGUUCCCCCAUUUGAGAACCACUGCAUUAAACAAUGUAACAAGAUUUUCCAAAAUAAAUCAACUCAAGUUAUUGAAAAAAAUGCAAACAUAGCACUGCCAUAUUUAUUAUUGAAGUCACAAAGUCCGUUUUUUUUUUUUAAAUGCCUCAAACCCCAGCUUGGUAUUUGGGACAGGCUCUCCCUGAGAGAGCAUGAGGCGGUUGAGGUGGGGGGAGGGUUUUAGCGGGGGGUGUAUAUUGUAGUGUCCCGGAAGAGUUAGUGCUGCAAGGGUUUCUGAGUAUUUGUUCUGUUGUGUUUAUGUUGUGUUACGGUGCGGACGUUCUCCCAAAAUGUGUUUUUCAUUCUUGUUUGGUGUGGCUUCACAGUGUGGCGCAUAUUUGUAACAAUGUUAAAGUUGUUUAUACGGCCACCCUCAGUGUGACCUGUAUGGCUGUUGACCAAUUAUGCCUUGCAUUCACUUGUGUGUGUGUAAAGCCGUAGAUAUUAAGUGAGUGCCUUUAAGGUUAAUUGGUGCUCUGUACUUAUCCCUACGUCCGUGUACCAAAACAUACAGCGGCGUUUUAAAAAGUCAUAAAUUUUACUUUUUGUAACCGAUACCGAUAAUUUCCGAUACUACAUUUUAAAGCAUGUAUCGGCCAAUAUUAUCGGACAUCUCUACAUGUCAUGUUUGGUAUUUUUUGUUUGGGGCUGAAGCUGAUUGAGAGAUUUGAGGGAUUAUUUGCUUUAACAUGCAAAUAGUUAGAUUAUUUUAUGUUAGUUUAACUCUGUGGGGACAUUCAAUUUUAAUGACUUCAAAGCCAGGAUGUAAAAAUCUGUCAAUUUUGUAUAAACAUUUUGGAUCACUUUCCUGUUAAUUUCUCAAUUUCAGUCCUAAACCAAAAUAUCAGACAUGUAGCAUGGUUUAAAAAAACGUUUAACGUUUAAAGGCCAUUCGAUCGGCUAAUGUCACACGUCUUAAUGAGUAAAAUCACUCAUGUUAUCCACAUUUAUACUAAGUAAAAAUUGUGACAUUUGAUCAAAAGUCUUUCAAAGGGGUAAAAUAAAUUAAAAAAACAUGUCAUGUUUGGUAUCUUUGUUUGGGACUGAAGCUGAUUAAGAGAUUUGAGGGAUUAUUUGCUUUAACAUGCAAAUAAUUAGAUUAUUUUAUGUUAAUUUAACUCUGUGGGGACAUUCAAUUUUAAUGACUUCAAAGCCAGGAUGUAAAAAUCUGUCAAUUUUGUAUAAACAUUUUGGAUUAUUUUCCUGUUAAUUUUUCAAUUUUAGUCCCAAACCAAAAUAUCAGACAUGUAGCAUGGUUUAAAAAAUAAAGUUCAACGUUUUAAAGGCCGUUCGAUCGGCUAAUGUCACACGUCUUAAUGAGUAAAAUCACUCAUGUUAUGCACAAUUAUACUAAGUAAAAAUUGUGACAUUUGAUCAAAAGUCCAUCAAAGGGGUAAAAUAAAAAUAAAAAAACAUUUCAUGUUUGGUAUCUUUGUUUGGGGCUGAAGCUGAUUAAGAGAUUUGAGGGAUUAUUUGCUUUAACAUGCAAAUAAUUAGAUUAUUUUAUGUUAAUUUAACUCUGUGGGGACAUUCAAUUUUAAUGACUUCAAAGCCAGGAUGUAAAAAUCAGUCAAUUUUGUAUAAACAUUUUGGAUUACUUUCCUGUUAAUUUCUCAAUUUCAGUCCUAAACCAAAAUAUCAGACAUGUAGCAUGGUUUAAAAAAAAAAAGUUCAACGUUUUAAAGGCCGUUCGAUCGGCUAAUGUCACACGUCUUAAUGAGUAAAAUCACUCAUGUUAUGCACAUUUAUACUAAGUAAAAAUUGUGACAUUUGAUCAAAAGUCCUUCAAAGGGGUAAAAUAAAAAAAAAAAACAACAUUUCAUGUUUGGUAUCUUUGUUUGGGGCUGAAGCUGAUUAAGAGAUUUGAGGGAUAAUUUGCUUAAACAUGCAAAUAAUUCGAUUAUUUUAUGUUAAUUUAACUCUGUGGGGACAUUCAAUUUUAAUGACUUCAAAGCCAGGAUGUAAAAAUCUGUCAAUUUUGUAUAAACAUUUUGGAUUAUUUUCCUGUUAAUUUCUCAAUUUCAGCCCUAAACCAAAAUAUCAGACAUGUAGCAUGGUUUAAAAGAACGUUUAACGUUUAAAGGCCGUUCGAUCGGCUAAUGUCACACGUUUAAAUGAGUAAAAUCACUCAUGUUAUCCACAUUUAUACUAAGUAAAAAUUGUGACAUUUGAUCAAAAGUCCUUCAAAGGGGUAAAAUAAAUAAAAAAAACAUUUCAUGUUUGGUAUCUUUGUUUGGGGCUGAAGCUGCUUAAGAGGUUUGAGGGGUUAAGUUAGAAAUAUCGAGGAUCUACUUUGCUGUAUCUUCUCAAAACACAAAAUGAUGCAAAGUAAACGUGGGAUGUACAAUGUGGAGCAAGAAUAAAAUCCUGAUUUGUUUGUUUCUCUGAAAA